UGACAUUUCGUGUGCAGGGCAAGACGGGUACGCAAGACGGUGCAAUGCAUUCGUGUAAAAUUUGUUGUUAAUGUUGGAAUAGUGCGUGAUUCAUUUGUAAAGAUAGCAAACAGCAAGCAAUUGAUUAAAUUAUUUAAAACUGAUACAAACAUUUUUGAAAGGAUUCCGAUGGCGGCUACACUUAAACCAUAUUUAACAGCCGUUCGGCAUUCUCUUACAGCUGCGAUGUGUUUACAAGAUUUUCCCUCACAGGUAGUGGAGCGUCACAACAAACCAGAGGUUGAAGUCUGUUCCAGUAAAGAACUAGUACUAACACCUGUUGUUGUAUCCCGAAAUGAACGUGAACGUGUACUUAUAGAACCAUCCAUAAAUUCGGUACGCGUUAGCAUUUCUGUUAAACAAGCCGACGAGAUUGAAAAAAUUCUUUGCCAUAAGUUCACACGUUUCAUGAUGAGACGAGCUGAAUCCUUCAUAAUAUUACGUAGAAAACCAAUUGAUGGCUAUGAUAUAAGUUUCCUUAUUACCAACUUUCAUACAGAACAAAUGUACAAACAUAAAUUAGUGGACUUCGUUAUAAGUUUCAUGGAAGAGAUUGACAAGGAAAUCAGUGAAAUGAAAUUGGCAGUGAACGCAAGGGCACGUACCUGCGCAGAAGAAUUCCUUAAGCGAUUUUAGACAUAAUCAUUUCUUGCAAAAAUAUAAUUAUAUUAUUAGUAAACCAUAUAAUUAUGAAAUUGUUUUGUAUUUCAAUUUAA